CAGGCCUGGGGCCCCAUGGAGGUGCUGAGGGACGCUCUCCACCAUUUGGCAUUCCAGAUGUCGACCUACAAGCGGGCCACGCUGGACGAGGAGGCGCUGGUGGACUCCAUGGACGGUGACCUGGACUCCAACAGGAUCCAGGUCAAUUUCCGCGGAUCCAGAGGGAGCAAGAACUGCUGGGCGAAGCGGACGCCCGUCGAGAAACGCCUGGCGGGGCUGGCGGGGCUCCUGCUGGCCGGCCUCCUGGCCUGCAUCGUGUUCCUGUUAGUCCAGUUCCAAAACAGGCCAUGCUUGACCGAGUCCUGCAUCUCGGUGACCAGCUCCAUCCUGAGCUCGCUGAACCGGAACGUGGACCCCUGCGAGGACUUCUUCGCCUACGCCUGCGGGGGCUGGGUCCAGGCCAACCCCAUCCCGGACGGCCACUCCCGCUGGGGCACCUUCAGCAAGCUGUGGGAGCACAACCAGGGCAUCCUCAAGCACCUGCUAGAGAACACCACGGCCGUCAUGUCGAGCGAGGCAGAGCGGAAAGCGCAGCACUAUUACCAGUCCUGCAUGAACGAGACCAAGAUUGAGGAGCUGAAGGCCAAGCCCCUGACGGACCGGAUCCAGAAGCUGGGUGGCUGGAACAUCAGCGGCUCUUGGACCGAGAGGGACUUCAAUGAGACGCUGCUGGAGGUCCACGCCCAUCAUCACAUCGCCCCGUUCUUCUCCAUCUAUGUGGGCGCCAACUCCAAGAAUUCCAGCAGCAACAUCAUCCAGGUGGAUCAGUCAGGAUUGGGCCUCCCUUCCAGAGACUAUUAUCUCAACAAGACGCAGAACGAGAAGGUGCUUGCCGGUUACCUGGACUACAUGGUCCAGCUGGGGAUGCUGGUGGGCGGGCGGGACGAGGCCUCCACGCGGCAGCAGAUGCAAGAGAUCCUGGACUUUGAGACCUCCCUGGCCAACCUCACCAUCCCGCAGGAGAAGCGGAGGGACGAGGAGUCCAUCUACCACAAGACCACGGCCGGGGAGCUCAAGAGCCUGGCCCCUGCAGUGGACUGGAUGCCCCUCCUCGAGGCCUUCUUCUCCCCCACGGAGAUCAACGAGUCGGAGCCCGUGGUGGUCUAUGCCAGAGAGUACCUGGAGCAGGUCUCCUCCCUCAUCCUCCAGACAGACAAGCGGAUCUUGCACAACUACAUGAUCUGGCACCUGGUGCGGAAAGGAGCCACCCUUCUGGACCAGCGCUUCCAAGACGCAGAGGAGAAGUUCAUGGAGAUCAUGUACGGCUCAAAGAAGACCUGCUUGCCGCGCUGGAAAUACUGCAUCACCGACACGGACAUUAACCUGGGUUUUGCUCUGGGCGCAAUGUUUGUGAAGGCCACGUUUGCCGAAGAUAGCAAGGCGGUCGCCGAGGAGAUGAUCUGGGAGAUCAAGAAGGCUUUUGAGGAGAGCUUGGACCAGCAGGCGUGGAUGGACGAGGAGACCCGGCGUUCCGCCAGAGAGAAAGCCAACGCCAUCUACGACUUGAUUGGGUACCCCAAGUUCAUCAUGGACCCCAAAGAGCUGGACAAAGUGUUUAACGAUUACGAGGCCACGCCCGACCUCUACUACGAGAACGUCAUGCAGUUCAUCAACUUCUCCUCCCGCGUGGCUGCGGAUCAGCUCCGGAAACCCCCGAACCGGGACCAGUGGAGCAUGACUCCUCCGACGGUGAAUGCUUAUUACUCUCCGACCAAAAACGUGAUCGUUUUCCCGGCUGGGAUUCUGCAGUCUCCCUUCUAUACCCGGAACUACCCCAGAGCACUUAACUUUGGUGGGAUUGGCGUUGUGGUCGGCCACGAACUGACUCAUGCAUUUGACGAUCAAGGUCGAGAGUAUGACAAGGACGGCAACCUCCGGCCGUGGUGGAAGAACUCCUCGGUGGAGGCCUUCAAGCAGCGGGCCGAGUGCAUGAUCGAGCAGUACAGCAACUACAGCAUCCACGGGGAGGCCAUCAACGGCAGGCACACCUUGGGGGAGAACAUCGCCGACAACGGAGGGCUCAAGGCGGCCUACCGGGCCUACCAGAACUGGGUGAGGAAGAACGGAGCCGAGAGGACCCUGCCGGCGCUCGGCCUCACCAACGACCAGCUCUUCUUCAUCGGCUUCGCCCAGGUGUGGUGCUCCGUCCGGACCCCCGAGAGCUCCCACGAGGGACUGGUCACCGAUUCCCACAGCCCGUCUCGCUUCCGAGUCAUCGGGACUGUCUCCAAUUCCAGGGAGUUUUCCGAACACUUUCAGUGCCCGCCGGGCUCCCCGAUGAAUCCGCUGCAGAAGUGUGAAGUCUGGUGAUAAACGUUUUCUUUUAUCCUGACCCCCAAAGGAUUCAAAAAGGGAGCAAGAACACGGGAAGGGGAAACCCGAGCCUGGGAGAGGCACAUUUUAGCCUUCCUCCUUCCAAGAAGCAAACGGUAACUCGGGGGCCUCGUUUCGGGAAGGAUUCUGCUUACGGAGCGGCCCCGCCGUUGUUCAGUGGAGAGCCGUCUCCGUGGCUCCAAAGCGCCUGAUUUUUCAUCCACUGUGAAAAAGCCCUCUCAGUUCCCUCGUGAACUGCCUGGGUAGGUUUCCUUCAUUUUCUCCUGCAUAUUUUUUUCCCCUCACCUGGACACACAAUUCCUUUUGCACAGGCAAGUCAGGGUCCGUUUUAAGCUGUGCUGACUGAUCUUCACGCGGUGGUGCAGGGCCAGGGGACUCGUGUCUGGCCCAGCCUUAAGCAGCUCUCUCCAUGUUGUUUUCCUCGCUCAAAGGGAGAACCACCCAGAAAACUGACUCUGUGCCAACUGUUCCCACACCACCCCUCUCUGUAGACACAGAACGCCCGCCUUUGGCUGGUGUCACACAAACAUCAAUGCACCAAAACUUGUUUUGUUUUGUUUGUUUUUAAAUCUUGCAGAACACUGGAGAUUUCAGGGAAAAUGUAUUGAGGUUUUUAUAUCUAGAAUUAUAUCUAUAAACCGAACAGAUUGUUAUAUUUA